AUGCCAGGGCCAGGACCUCACCUCAUGUAUGCAAUGAGCUCUGGCAUAGCUCUGACGCACCUCACCAAGGGGCGUUUCACGACGCACCACACCCUCAUCUACGCUCUCAACGCCUUCUUCGGCCCAGACAUGGGCUCCUUCUCCGAAUGGCUGAGCUCCACUUUCUUCGACGACAAUUCCGUCGUCUCGUCUUUAGCCGAUGAAAUCCAUCACCCUUUUUAUUACGUGGUGAUCCUAGGUUUCCCUUUGUGCGUUUUCUACUCUUGGCUAUCAAACGAAUUGGUGGGAACAAGGCUACUUGAUUAUGGUUAUGGGGUGCCACUUUCAAGGUUGCAGGCCUUAUUCUUGAUAGCAGCUGGUUCAUUGUCACACUUUUUCCUCGACCACUUAUUUGAGGAAGAUGGUCACACAAAAAUGUAUACUUGGAUAAUGAGCACCGGUUGGUGGAUAAACCGAGCACCUGUCAACCCAGAUGCUGUCAUAAUAGUCGGCUUCUUAUGCGUUUGUUUGAUCGGCGGCUUCAUCUACAUCAACAGUUCAAAGUUAAGAAAGUCAACAGCGAGAAAACAAACAUGUGAAUCAAUGAAAUUGAUGGUGAUUAUAGGAAGCCUCUACUGCUUAUGGUGUGCAAGCCAAAUAUACUGGAUGAGCCCUCGUCGGCCGCCGGUUGGCGAAGAAGCUGAUCUUGGAGUUCUCGUAUUUAUGGCCAUCUACUUUCUUCUUCCUCACUGGCUCUGUAUUUUAUCCAUGGACCCUAUUCCUCUCCGCACGCAACGCUUCCCUGUAUGGUUUGCGACAAGGUCAUCAGAAUUUGGAUGGGAUUAA